CGCCUACGCGGAAUAAACCCGUCGACUGUAAUCCUCGCUGUACACAGCGGAAUCCUCUGCGGUUAAUUUUUUUUCCGUCUCGCCACAAUUUUGUCCCGUUCAAAAGCAAAGACAUGGACAACAGUGGGAAAGAGAAGGAGGCGAUUCAGCUAAUGGCCGACGCCGACAAAAAAGUCAAGUCCUCCGGCUCCUUUUUGGGAGGGAUGUUUGGAGGAGGACCUCAAAAAGUGGAAGAAGCCUGUGAGAUGUACUGCAGAGCGGCAAACAUGUUCAAGAUGGCCAAGAACUGGAGCGCGGCUGGAAGUGCGUUCUGCAAGGCCGCGCGUCUCCAUAUGCAGCUGCAGAACAAGCACGACUGCGCCACCAGUUUCAUUGAUGCAGGAAAUGCUUACAAGAAGUCUGACCCUAAUGAGGCAAUCAAGUGUUUAAAUGCAGCCAUCGAUAUAUACACAGACAUGGGAAGGUUCACCAUCGCGGCCAAACACCACAUCAACAUCGCCGAGAUCUACGAGUCCGAACUGGUGGACAUUGAGAAGGCAAUUGCACAUUAUGAACAAGCAGCAGACUACUACAAAGGGGAAGAAUCCAACAGCUCUGCCAACAAGUGUCUUCUGAAGGUGGGGGGCUACUGUGCUCAGUUGGAGCAGUACCAGAGGGCCAUCGAGAUCUACGAGCAGGUCGGCGCCAACACGAUGGACAACCCGCUGCUGAAAUACAGCGCCAAAGAGUAUUUCUUCAAAGCCUCCCUGUGUCAUUUCAUCGUGGACGAGCUCAACGCCAGGAUCGCUGUUGAAAAAUACGAGGAGAUGUUCCCGGCUUUCUCAGACUCUCGAGAAUGCAAACUGCUGAAGAAACUUCUCGAUGCUCAUGAGGAGCAGAACUGCGAAGCGUUCACUGAGGCGGUGAAGGAGUUCGACUCGAUCUCCCGUCUGGACCAGUGGCACACGACCCUCCUGCUGCGCAUCAAAAAGACCAUCCAGGGCGACGAAGGGGACUUGAAAUGAAAGCCAGCCGGGGGUCACAAACACAGCAUGCUCACACACACACACACACACACACACACACACACGGCUCUCACUGUAUAGCACCUGGAGACGAGUGUCUGCUGAUAACUUUGAAUAUUCCACUGCUCACCUCUGUGCUGUCAGAUCUUUGCUUUCCCUCUGAGCACUUCUGCCUGUAGUCAGAGUGUGACCCCCCCCCCCCCCCCCCCCCGCCCUCACCUCUGUCCAGAGGAUUGCUGCAUACUUCCUCCUGCUCAAGUCGCUCUGGGCUCUUCAGAGCGCCACGUUGGGUUCAAACCGGUGUUAGCAGACAACAAUCACUGCAUGUUUUUUUACAGUUAUGGUUUAACUAGUCAGAUGCAGUUCAGUGGUUUUUUUUUUUUUUAAUUUAGUUCUACACAGGAUUAUCACGUGUGGAAUUUCAGAAUGUAUCAUUUCCAUUUGUUUUAUUUGUCGCCCAUGUCGUGAUUGUUCUUAAUACUAAAGUCAUUACAGCCACACAGAUUUAGUGUCCAUUUUGUGGGGACAAAAUGGACAGAGACUCUUCUUAAAGAAGGGCAAUGAUAUGCACCAAGUGUAGACUGUUAAACGUUUGUAUUAAACCCCUCACACACACACACUUAAUUGUGGAUCAUUUCUAUUAACCUUAGGAUUUGUUGAUGUAAUAAUACUUUAAAUGUGUAAACCUGUACGUUGUGAUUUAGUUUGCCCGUUUUGGGGGGGAGGAGGGGGGCAGCGCUUCUUCUUUUCUUUUUUUAAUGAAAAAGCACUGACGUGAAAAUGUGUACCCCUUAUGUCCAGGGCAGUAAUCUCUGGAUAAGUUGCAUCAUUGUGUCGUGACCACUGGAGGGGUGGCUGAGCAUGUCAUUGUGUCUAGUAGAUUAGCCUCGUUCCAUUCACCAGACCAAAGUUUUUACUGAAGGGUCCGUGGCCCUGCGUAUCCAGCUUCUUCCUGAAGGAGUGACAGGGGACUGUGUGCUAGUGCGAAUGGACAAUAAUAAAGACAUUAUACCCCG